CUUUCCAGAAGUGGAAGCGAUGUUACGUCUUCCUGUACCCGGACUCGCCGUUCGGUGUGGCGCGGUUGGAGAUCUACGAUUGGAAGGACGGUACGCUGGCUGGAGAGAAAUUUCACACCCGCAAAGCCGGCGAUCGUAAAGUCAUACGAUUAGCGGAAUGCAUCCGCGUGGCUCCGGCACCGACAGAGAGCGGCCACAAGGACAACAUGGCGGCAUUCAUCAUAGAGACCACCGAGAAGGCCAUACUGCUGUCUACAGAGCGAGCGAUGUGCGAGGACUGGGUGCAGACCCUGAGCGAGGCCGCAUUCCAUGGAAAUGGUAAUGGUGGUAAGUCUGGCAAGGAGACCCCAGACAGCACGGCGCUGGAGAUGGCGCUAAACAGCAUUUAUGUGUCUCGUGAGCAAGUGUUGGAAUUCUGGGUGACAGUACAGAGGACUGAAGCUGCUGAGCGCUGCUCUCUGAGAGGUUCCUAUAUUCUCAGAGCUGAGAGUGAUCACCUUCUACUGAAAGAUGCAGACACAAAGGAAUGCCUCUAUUCGUGGCCGUACAAACUGCUGCGCCGAUAUGGAAGAGAUAAGGUUAUGUUUUCCUUUGAAGCCGGUAGACGAUGUGCCUCGGGUCCCGGAAAUUUUACAUUUGAGACGUCCCAGGGACAUGAGAUCUUCCAGAAGGUGGAGUCCUCCAUCCGUGCCCAGCAAGGUUCAGAGAAACGGCUUAGUGGCCCCAGCUUGGACACAGAGGCCCCUGCAGACCACGUGAAUCAGAACUUCUACUUAAGCCAGUCUGAAAUAUUGGUAGUGGCUCCCAGGAAAGAUGCCGAGGAAAAGACUCUCAAGGGUCGAGUUCUUCCAAACCUCCCUGCAGCUAAGGUGGCCCAACCUCAGCACCUACUUGACCCCCUAGUGCCAGGGAAAUCCAGCACUCCUCCUCGCUCUCCAGUUUCCCAUCAUUCAGCAGACAGCGAGCAUCUGGCAGUCUACUCAGAGCCUAAAGAUUCUGUCAAAGAGGCGAAAGGACAUUUUGAUCCUCUCUACUCAGAUCCUGUGGACAGUGUGUGCAGCAAAGAGGUCAGACCCAAUAAGGAGAACGUUGCCUCCCCGCUAUAUUCAGAUCUGUAUGAGCAGGUAGCAUAUGAAGUGGUGGGGGGAGGGGCUUCUUCGGAAAAAAACCUUCGUCCACGAAGGGAGGAGCAUAUCUACGAUGAGCCGGAGGGGAUAGUCCGUACUACCGACCCUCCCCAGCUGUACUCAGAAGUACGAAUGGAGGCGGCUGCAUGGAGGAAGCACGCGAGUGACGAAAAGCUUGGUUAUGAAUAUCCGUACAAUCCAAACACUGAUGAUUACUCGGUACCAAACUUCCAGGGACAACGUAGCCAACCACGCGGCAGAGGAGGCCUCAAGCCAAUUCCGGCACCAAAGCCUCAAGGAAUCAUUUUACCAAAGCCCCCCGGAAGAGAGCGAGAUUCAGAAAAGGUGCCGUGUCCCGUCAUACAGCCAAACAGCAACAACAACAACGGCAACAUCGAGGCAUUGUACAGUCAGGUGAUCAAACCGGGGAACACCAAGAGUGCUAAACCACCUCUGUCAGCAACCAGCCAACUGCAGUCUGUCCCACCCCUUCCUCAGGUUCACCAAGCACAGUCUGCCCCACCCCUUCCUCAGGUUCAUCAAUCACAGUCUGUCCCACCCCUUCCUCAGGUUCAUCAAUCACAGUCUGUCCCACCCCUUCCUCAGGUUCAUCAAUCACAGUCUGUCCCACCCCUUCCUCAGGUUCAUCAAUCACAGUCUGUCCCACCCCUUCCUCAGGUUCACCAAGCACAGUCUGCCCCACCCCUUCCUCAGGUUUACCAAUCACAGUCUGCCCCACCCCUUCCUCAGGUUCACCAAGCACAGUCUGCCCCACCCAUCCCACCAAUGAACAAGCCACAGUCUACACCACUGAUCCUACCCAUGAACAAGCCACAGUCUACACCACCAAUCCCACCCAUGAACAAGCCACAGUCUACACCACCGAUCCCACCCAUGAACAAGCCCCAGUCUACACCACCACUGAUCCCGCCCAUGAACAAGCCACAGGCUACACAACCACCACCCCCUCCAGCCAAGCCACAGUCUGCAUCAACACCACCCAUAUCAGGGAAUACUUUGCCAUUAACUGUACCAGAGAUGAGCACCACUCUUCCAUCCCUGCCAUCGCCUGGCACAUGUCAGACUACGUAUGCUCAGACUCUGCCCGGGCCUCAUACCAGCAACAGAAGUGACCCGCGGUCGGUUUCCAAGGACAUUUCUCUGAUCUAUGAAGAUAUGGGAUUUUUGUGA